AAAAAAAAUAAAAUGUCCCUCCACACCCUGAAUGCUGGGAGGAAAGACGUUUAUCUGCAUUCCUGCCUUCUUACAGUAAACCAGCUUAUGCUUACAAACUCAGUAUUGGCUCUGAAACGCACAUUGGAGGGGGUGUGAACAUCAACAGAAGAAAGAGGGUCCAUGGUAUUGACAGGUAGCUAAGAUUCAUAUCUUUCCAUUUCCUUCCUAUAUAUGUUUUUGUGACGUACUCUUCCUUGCCAUUUAUCUGGUUCUCUUCUUGUUUAAUUUUCAGUUUCACUCUCCUCCUGAGUUGGACUUACAAGUUUAACCAUUGUGCAUUGUCAAAAAUUGCGGUAAACAGCAGACAUGGCCACUUUUUGAGUGCACUUGGUGCUUUGUUUAGUCCUUAAAGGAAUAGUUCACCUAAAAUGACUUUGGUAUGAUAUCAUUUACUCACCUUCAUAUCGUCUAAAACCCAUAUGACUUUCACAUGGAAAAAAGAUGCAAUGGAAGUGAAAGGUAAAGGAGACUGUCUUUUGUGUUUGAUAAAAAAAUAUAUAUAUAUAAUAUGGGUUUGGAAUAACAAAUGGGUGAGUAAAUGAUGACAGAAUUUUCAUUUUUGGGGAACUCUUUAAGUGAUCCCAGUGUACACUUGCUCAUAUUACUAUAUUUACUUUACUGCAUCAUGUUUAUGAGCAACAUUUGUGUGGAAAAACUGUUUAGCAUAGGCUUAUUUAUUGCCAGUACUAAGCGAGACAUCUGAUAUCUAAAGUCAUAUUGCCAGUACUAAGCGAGACAUCUGAUAUCUAAAGUCACGUGAGAUUAUUAUGAGUGUUUGCAUGUACUGGAAGUGGUUUGAAUGAACUGUAGAUGUACUGUAUCUUUGUGCCAUAAACCUCUUUAUUUCCCUGUUCAAUACCAGUUUUCGACUCAGUUUUGAACUGAUCUCUGAUCAGGUGGUGGUGGCGUAGUGGACUAAAGCACAUAACUGGUAAUCAGAAGAUUGCUGGUUCGAUCCCCACAGCCACCAUCAUUGUGUCCUUGAGCAAGGCACUUAACUCCAGGUUGCUCCGGGGAUUUUCCUUGUAAUAAGUGCACUGGACACCAUGACGUCCCAGAAGAAGCCUCAGGAGGGGUCUUCAACCCAGACUAAAGUGACGGGUCCCAUCUCCUGGUCUCUGGUCAAUUGCCCCUGCUGUAUUUCUAGCCACAUAGAGCCUUUGGUUUUGAUCCAACUGGAUGAGAAUGUCCAGCCAAUUACCAAACAGUGGAUCAUGUCAAUGAUAUCUGCACCAGUGAAGGCUGGAGGGGCUCAACUGUUAGUUCACCCAGGGGAAGACAUGAAAGGAGACAUGAUAGUUGUGGCUGCCCCUCGCUGCACCCUUUUCAUGGUUACUGAGGACCUGGGCCUCUGUAAACCCUACCAGGAUGGGGAAAUGACAGCCUUUUCCUCUGAGGACCGUGACAACUUUUGCAACAUUGAUGACGUGCAGCAUUUCCUGACACUGGCAGAGAGGCAGUACAUUGUGAAAUAUGAAUUGGAUUCAAUGAGAGCUUUGGAGGACCAACGUAUCCCAGGGAUCCCAGCACUCAAAGGGAAGUUGAAAGCCAGAGAGGGUCUCUUACAGAAGCUGGAAAAGACAGGUGUGAUCCGCAACAUCACUCCUCUACAUGACCAGAAGACGCUGAAAGCUCUGGGUGAACAGUGGUACUCUCAGAAGAGCCUGUGGGGGCAGCCUUUAGAUGCAAUCCACGCUUAUUUUGGGGGCACUAUAGCCUAUUAUUUCAGCUUCCUGGACUUCUACACUUUGUCAUUGUUUCCUCCAGCCAUCCUGGGCCUGUUCAUCACUUUUUUCCUUCCCAGUGCAAACUUCUCAAGUGCAAAUAAAUCAGACAGUGAGCCUGCACUGUUAAAGGGAGAUGAUGACCAGCCUUCUGUCAGUUCCUACAUGGUGCAGGCAGUCUUCAGCAUGCUCUGGUCCACCGUCUUCAUUGAGCUUUGGAAGAGGCGAAGCGCUGCCUUAUCCUAUCGCUGGGGCACUUUUAAUUUAGCCGAACAAUUUCAAGAACCCCGGCCAGGUUUCCAUGGAGAACUCGGCACCAAUCCUGUUACGGGCAAACUGGAGCCGCUGUUUCCCGAUUGGAAGAGGAAGCUUAUGAUAGGACUGGUCUCAGUGCCUGUGGUUGGGGUGUUUUUGGGCCUGGUGGUGAUGGGGAUGGCCGGAUUCUACUUUUUUGAGCAUCACAUUUCGAACUGGCACAAGGGAUCUGGCUCGUACUUCACAGCUGCCUUGUUAUACCUACCCUCCAUUGCCCAUAUAGUCUACACCAAUGUGCUGGGGAACAUAUAUCGCAAUGUGGCCCUGCAGCUAACAGAAUCAGAAAAUCAUAGAGAGGAAUCAUCCUUUGACUAUCAUCAUACUACUAAAGUUCUCGUGUUCACCUUUUUUAACAACUUUGCGGUGCUUUUCCACAUCGCUUUCUUCAAGGAGGACCUUCCUCUUCUGCAAAAGCGGUUGUCCUCUCUACUGAUAGUAACGCAGGUGUUGGGUCAGUUCACUGAAGUGGUGGUUCCUUUCCUAGUGGACCGUUUCUACACGUCUUCAGAAAGGAACCUGAAGGAAGACGAUCCAGAGGUGGACCAUCUCCAGGCUCAGGGGAGUCUUCCGGCUUUCCCAGGCUUGUUUGCUGAAUACAUUGAGCUCCUAGUUCAGUUUGGCUACUUGAGUCUAUUCUCCUGCGUUUAUCCACUCACUGCUCCUCUGUUACUGCUCAACAACCUCACAGAGAUCCGUACAGAUGCUUACAAGCUCUGCAAGCUUUUCAACAAGCCCUUUUCUGCCCCUGUGGCCAACAUGGGUGUGUGGCAGCCAGCGUUUGAGGUUUUGAGUAUCAUAUCAGUCAUGUCAAACUGCUGGCUCUUGCAUCUGUCACCUCAUGUGAAAGUGCUCACACAGGAAGCUGGCUACAGCAGUGGCAAAGUUCUUGUCAUUGCCGUCAUUGUGGAGCACGUUCUGCUUGCGGUGAAGAUGAUUCUGGCAUUCAUGAUCCCUGAUGAACCAGAUUGGGUCCGGAUCAAGAGAGACCAGAUCGAGUAUCACUCUAUGCAAGCACUCAAAAAACAGAAAGUUAAGCAAUUGCAGGUGGGUGAUAAACUACCUCGAAAGGCCAAAAUUUAAGACCGACCAAAAACCAUUGCCAAAGAGGCGGGAAGACAGGUAGAUGCUUUGUUGCAUGACUGUAAAACCAUAUCAAUGAGCCACUGUAUAAUUUGCUUGUUAAUGUACCAUAUGGUCUAGUUUACCAAAGACGGCUUUUACAGUUUACACAACAAGGUAUUGGACCCAACCUUAAUAUUCGUCUAUAUCAGUGGCACCCUUGAGGAACCAAAUGUAAUGAAACAAUCAAUCAUUGAAAAACACCUAUUAUUAAACCACUAAUCUGAAUGUUGAGGGUGAUGUGUCCCCCUCAGUGUCUAUGUUACGGCCCUGCUAAAAUCUAUUAUAAAGCAGAGGUGAAGUAAUGUGUUAAAUUAUGACUUAUGCAAACAGGGACACAUACAGUGCUGUAUUUAUGUGUUGUUUAUCUUGACAACAAUGUGGUAUAUAAUAUAUUGUUUUUAUUUAUUUUUUAUGUUACUGUUGAUAUGUUUGCAUUUUUUUGUUUUAAAAUAUUGUGAUGAAUGUAUUUUACUUUUAUUUGGUUGCAUUUUUUCAUUUCAUAACUGACCAUGUGCUUCAUGUGCUUGCAACUGAUUUUGAUGGUAUAAAAAAAACUGAUGUAAGUGCCCUUGAAAUAAAUAAACAUCCAAUGCUAUCUAGAGCAUUGAAUGGCUCUAGACGGAGACCACAACAGAAAGGCAUAAAGUUAAAUGCAUAAAAAUUAUAUUGUAACCAAGAUGGAUUCACUGUGGAUUUGUGCACUAAUAAAUACCAGUUAG